UGUUGGUAAUUCAGAAAGGUCUGCAUCAGAAAAUAGAAAAUGCCCCGGAAAAGAUGCUUGAAUCCUAAAGAUGAGGCCAAAUUUCAUGUCACUAAAGGGACAGAUAAAGCAGGACUGGAUGUUAAAUACAUCAAUCCUAUUAAAGGCCGUGGUGUCUUCAGUACUGUAUCAUUUGAAAAAGGAGAAUUUCUAUUGGAAUAUAGAGGUGAACUAAUAAGCAAGCAGGAAUGUGAGAGCAGACAAAGGCUUUACCAUGACAGUCUUAGAGUCUUCAUGUUUGAGUUCCGUUUUAAUGGAAAACUAUGGUGCAUUGAUGCAGCAAAGGAGGAUGGGUCACUUGGAAGACUGGUAAAUGAUAACCAUAUUAAUCCUAAUGCAACAAUGAAGAACCUAAAGGUGGAUGGGAAACCCUAUCUGUGCUUGUUCACUUUGAAGAGCAUAAGUCCAGGAGAGGAAAUCACCUAUAAUUAUGGUGAUUCGGAUUGGCCAUGGAGAUGCACGACGGCCACAGAAUGCAACCAAAAUGAAGCCGCAAGUCAUUCAGGGCUUGGUCUGGUCAGCAGUGUUGAAAAGACGGCCACAGAAUGCAACCAAAAUGAAGCCGCAAGUCAUUCAGGGCCUGGUCUGGUCAAUAGUGUUGAAAAGGAAGCACCUUCUGAGACACAAUCCAGUUUGGGAGAGGCCUUGUUAAACAGUCCUUUGAAAGAGCCUGGUGCAUUUUCAGCAGGGCUUUCAGAGACGGCCACAGAAUGCAAACAAAAUGAAGCCGCAAGUCAUUCAGGGCUUGGUCUGGUCAGCAGUGUUGAAAAGAUGACCACUGAGAAGACUCCAACACUGUGUCCAGAAAAGUGCCAAAAACAUCAACUGGUAUGCGCAACAGUAUCCUGCCUGGACAAAUGUCUGGAGUGCACAGGAUCUGUAUCUGCAUUUAAAUGGCUUGGAUAUAAAUGCACAGCGUGUUCUGGGAUCUGGCAUAAAUCUUGCUUCAAACAAUUUAUAGAUAAUCAACUCAAAUGCUCAUCUAGGGUAUCGGAUUCUUGUCGUUCUGAGGAUGAGCUGUUUACAGACAAACAAGAUUUAAAAGACAACGCAUCAGAUGAAGAUAGGCUCACUGAAUGUGAUAUGUUAUCAGGGACUGAUGAGGAUUAUGUACCAAAUUCCGAGUCGGAAAGUGAUAAUGGUUCAGACAUAAGCAUCCAGCUUCCUAAGGAAGUUCCAGCUGAUUUUGCUGUAUCAUCAGAUGCUGCGGCAACAUUGAAUGCUGAAGAUCCAUCUCAGGAAAUACCUGAGGUUGAGAAAGAUGUACCAGUACCAGCAUCUCUGACAAUGAUUAGUAAAAAUUAUUGUUUUCUUUGUGGUAAACCACAAUCAAAAAUAGCUCGGCACUUGAAAACACACAAGACACACUCUGAAAUUGAACAUGCGUUUUCAUUCCCUGCACACUCAAAAGAGCGCAGAUUAUUAUUAGAAAAACUGAGAAAUAAAGGAAAUUAUCAACAUAAUAGUGAUGUUUUAAUGAACACAACUGGAUCACUCAAAGUGAGGAGGAAACCAAGGACUGGAACCAAGGAAAUAACUGGAAAAUUCAUUCACUGCAUGUACUGCAAAGGCAUGUUUGUGCGGAAGGAGCUUUGGAGACAUGUUCGCAGAUGUCAUUGUAAGCCACAAGCAAAGGAUGAGAACCCUGGUAGAACCAAAGUACUUGGUUUGGCGACACAUGCAGAGUCUGCAUACUCUCAGCAAAUCUCAAGUGGAGUGUGGAAGCUGCUGGCUUCCAUGAAACAAGAUGAGAUUGCUUCGACUGUGCGAAAUGAUUUUUGUAUCAUUCAGCUUGCCCAGUCUCUCUAUAACAAACAUGGCCAUGACCCUACAAAAUAUGAAUAUGUAAGACAGAAACUCAGAGAAGUUGGUCGUUUUUUGUUGAUUCUACGAAAAGAAUCGUCAAUACACAGCAUGGAGGAAUCUGUUAAGCCAGCUAAUUUUUAUAGAGUUGUUCAAGCUGUUAAGAAAGUUUCGGGAUAUGAUGAAGAGAAACACUGCUACCACACACCCAGCCUAGCUUUAAAAUUAGGACAUACAUUGCAGAAAAUAAGUGAUAUAAUUCAUUGUGAAAUUGAAGUAAGUGACUCUGAAGUUGAUGACAAAGAUGAAAGUGAAGCUGAGGACAGUGUGUCUGCAAUAACACAGUCUGGCAUCACUGAACCUAUGGUUGAUGCAUCAGAUUGUGAUCGUAUGACUGCUGUGCCUGAAUCAGAAAUGGAUGACCAUGUGUUUUGUGCCUCUGCGGAUAUUGGAAGAAGCAUGAACACCCCUCCUCGGGUCAUGCCGGACCAUCCCAGUUGGGUCUAG